CUGCCUCUGUUACAUGUUUUUUUUUUCGCCUUUGUUACAUAUAUAUAAAUAUACAACAUGGCUGGAUUAUAGAAUAGCCACCGCUGCGAAUAGGACAUAUGCAAGGCGAGUUUAGUCCUGAUUAAGAACAUCCCAACAAUACAGUUGGAGUUGUUUUAGGGUUAGACGAGUCCCACGUUACGUUGUUUUAAAGAUGCAUAGUCUCACUAAAGCAACGCUGGUUUUAAAUGGAAUUGGGCGGCGGUGUGUUGCUAUGAAUCGUUUUUCAGGAGCAAGAAUCAUUUGCAGGGGACUCGCGUGUGCAGCAGAACAUGGGGAACACGAAAUUAGCUUUAUGAUGUCAUUAUAUCUGGAGGAGGAAUGGUUGGGACCGCUAUGGCUUGGUCUUUACGUGAGUCGAGGCACGGAUCCAAGCUUGGAGGGGAAGAAGAUUCUGCUGCUUGAGGCAGGCAACAAAAUGGUGAUGGACAAGGUCCCAGACGCCUAUAGUACCAGAGUCCGCUCCAUCAGCCCAGGUGUUGGAGCAUGGAAUCACAUUAUGAACAUGAGAUGUAAGCCCUAUCAGAAGAUGCAGGUUUGGGAUGCCUGCUCAGAUGCCCUGAUUACAUUCGAUAAGGAGAACCUGCAGGACGAGAUGGCAUACAUUGUGGAGAACGACAUCAUUGUGGCAGCCCUAACAAAACAGCUGGAGAAUCUGUCUGGUCAGGUGAAGGUCCAGUACAAAACCAAGGUGGUGAUGUACACUUGGCCCAAGUCUCACCAGGUAGCUGAAUCCAUCCCCUGGGUUCAGGUCACCCUGGCCAAUGGACAGACAUUUCAAACCAAACUACUGAUUGGAGCAGAUGGGCCAAAUUUGAUGGUGAGGCAGGAGGCGGGGAUACCCACGGUCAAGUGGAAUUACGACCAAUCAGCUGUUGUGGCUGUCCUGCAUCUCCAACAGAGAACAAUGUUGCGUGGCAGAGGUUCCUUCCAAUAGGACCCAUAGCAAUGUUACCGUUGUCGGACACAGAGAGCUCUUUGGUGUGGUCGACUAGCUACUGCAGCUAGUUGAAGAGAGCUUUGUGGACACCAUCAACUCUGCCUUUUGGCGUGGCAAGAAUCGGCCCAAAAAGCCGGGUCAUGUUCCUCCUGGGCAUGGGCCACGCAUCAGAGUACAUCAGGCACCGGGUGGCCCUCAUCAGGGGCCAUGCAGCAUCUGUUGGAAUAUGAGGCGGAACGGCAGUGACACAACCUGCCCAUGAUGGCCGCCAUCGACCUGAUGAAACGACUCUACUCAACUAACGCUGCCCAUGUGGUUCUCUUACGCACCUUCGGUCUGCAAGCCACCAACACACGACCAGCCAUAAAAGAGCAGAUCAUGGCGUUUGCAAGCGAGUGACACGUACACUGGUCCUGAAGUGGCAGUUUGACGGGACUCCAAAGAUGAUAUGCCACUGUGACUUUGUGAAUGGAAUGUAAAGUGUAAAUUAAUAAAGUUAUAUAUUAUGCUCUGUUA